CGGUGAUCAAGUGUGGUGUCGCUUGUAAGACAGUCCAGCUUUGCCAGUUUUUGUGUCGCGUACCACCUCUUAUUCACGCUAGGGUUGGCUGAAAACGACUGCGUUUACCAUUUUGUGUUGUAAAACUCAACGGAAAAAACACGUUAGCAUGUGAAAUGUCAUUUUUAAGUUGUUGACGUUAGCUGGUACUGUAGCUAGCUUCCCAGGGCUGUCCGUCAGAGUUGACAGUGUAGUUCACUGACCCCCGGCUACAUGGCGACCUAGCAACAGGGCAUCGGCUCAGCUUUCCCUUCGGCUACCUUUUUUAGUUAAAAUGUCCCAUCUUGAUUCUGACGACACCACACCGUUGCUUCGGGAUGAUGCAAGCAGUGAUGGCUCUCAGGAUGAGGACUACAGAAGCCGAUGGAGGUCCAUCCGAGUCAUGUACUUCACUAUGUUCCUCAGCAGUGUAGGUUUUACUAUUGUGAUCACCUCGCUAUGGCCGUAUUUACAAAAGAUCGACAGCAGUGCCGACGCCAGCUUCCUGGGAUGGAUGGUAGCAGCCUACAGCCUGGGGCAGAUGGUGGCGUCGCCUAUUUUUGGCCUGUGGUCAAAUCACCGACCGCGCAGGGAGCCGCUUGUCUGCUCCAUUUUCAUCAACCUGUCCGCUAAUAUCUACUAUGCCUAUGCUCACCUGCCCAAGACCAAUAACAAGUACCAUUUACUCAUGUCCAGAGUCUUCGUGGGCUUUGGAGCAGGUAACGUCGCCGUGGUGAGGUCCUAUGUUGCCGGGGCAACGUCACUGAAGGAGCGGACCGGCGCCAUGGCAAACAUGAGCGCCUGCCAGGCCCUGGGCUUCAUCCUGGGACCGGGUGCGUUAGACCCCCAGGCAGUGGACGGAGGGUCUCUCUUUCUGAAUUCUGAACAUGUUCUCUGUCCAACCUCAGCUCUGCAGGCGUGUCUGUCGUUCGUCGGUGAGCAAGGCGUCAUCCUAAACGUCAUCGACCUGCAGCUCAACAUGUACACCACGCCAGCCUUGCUAGCCGCAGCGUUUGGACUGGUCAACAUCCUGUUGGUUCUGCUGGUGCUGAGAGAACAUCAUGUGGAUGAAGAUGGAAGGCACAUUCGAGCUAUCAACUACACCAACGAAGACAGAGUGGAUGUUAUCGAGGACACUGGUGAAAGCAUCGACCAGCUGGCUGUGCUGACGUCCAACAUCUUGUUCUUCAUCGUCAUGUUCAUCUUCGCUGUGUUUGAGACAAUUGCCACUCCCUUGUCAAUGGACAUGUUCGCCUGGACGAGGAAAGAGGCCGUGCUCUACAACGGCAUCAUCAUGUGCGGCAUCGGGUUUGAAUCCAUCCUGGUGUUCGUGGUGGUGAAAGCAGCCGCUCAAAGGUUCGGGGAUCGUCCGGUGUUGCUUGCAGGCUUUCUGAUUGUGUUUUGUGGCUUCAUCAUUCUGCUUCCAUGGGGGAAUCAUUACCCCAAAAUCCAGUGGGCAGAUCUGAAGAACAACUCGCUGGUCAGUCAGAUGUCUGCAGCCACAGUCGCCACCAACGGUACGUUGGAGCCCACGGGCUGUCCUUAUGAACAGACCUGGUGUCAGUACACCCCCGCCAUUCACCUGGGACAGUACAUCUCAUCCGACAUCCUUAUUGGGGUGGGAUACCCAGCCUGCAAUGUGAUGUCCUACACGCUGUAUUCCAAAAUCCUGGGCCCUAAACCUCAGGGGGUGUACAUGGGCUGGUUGACCGCCUCAGGAAGCGGAGCACGAACACUGGGCCCUGUCUUUGUUUCCCACAUCUACACCCUGCUGGGACCUCGCUGGGCGUUCAGUCUCAUCUGUAGCAUGGUGAUCGGAGCUGUGAUCCUCCUCAGCUCGACCUACCAACGCCUCAUCGCCUUCUCUGUUCGCCAUGGGAGGAUUCAAAGAGUUGCGGGAAUGUUUGAAAGCCAUCCCUACUGGCAAAGGAUAAUUAGAUGUGGCCUACUUGGUUAUGAUAGAGGAACAGGAGGGAAGCAUACGAGUUCAUCCGGGGUUGAUUAUCAGCCUCCUCUGCAUGACGACACAUCGGCCUGUGACUCUUCCUGCUCACCCUCAGAAAAGGAUACUGAAAGAAAAGCCAGAUUAUUACAAGAAGCUAAAAAAAACAAAGAAAAGGCUGAAAAGAAGCAGUUAAAGAAACAGAAUCGGAAGGAAAGGAAAGAAAUGGAGAAGAAAAAACAAAACCCUGAAACAAAUAACGAGGAGAAAGAUGAUGUACCGCCAGCCAAAACGGAGGAGCCUGUUAGUUAUGAAAGAAAAGAUGGUAUCGGUUCCAGAGAGAAAGGGUUGGCUGCUAAAGGUCCAGCCAACAAUGUCAGUGACACAGAGUCCACCGACAAGGAUGAAGGCUCCAGUGAUUCAGAGGAACUGGACAUGACGAGUACUUUUGUGAGCAAAGCUGCUCUUAUAGCGAAGCGUCAACUAGAACACAAGACUGGAGCUGAGAGGAAGGAGAAGAAGGUCCCAAACAAAGAAGAGCAUAAAAGUGUUCCUAACAAAAAGAAUGAAGGACGGGAGCCUCAGAAGAAGGAUUCCAUGGCACCCAGCUUUGAAGAUAAUAUUAAAAUAAGUACAGAGCUUGCGAAUAUUGGAAAUAAUUUUGCCAGUGGUGGCGACUAUUUUAUGGCUGUGAAGUAUUUUACUGAUGCAAUUAAAUACAACCCUAAAGAAUUUAAGCUGUUCGGCAAUCGUUCCUUUUGUUUCGAAAAGUUGCAAGAAUACGACAAAGCUUUGACCGACGCUGAGCUGUCCCUGGGCAUUCGGCCCGGAUGGGUUAAAGGAUUGUUUAGGAAGGGCCGAGCUCUGGCAGGCCUGAAGAUGUAUGAAGAAGCUGCCCAGGCCUUCAGGGAAGUCCUCAAACUAGAGAGUUCAUAUGCAGAAGCUGCUCAGGAGCUCAUGCGGGUACAGAUAUUGGAGCUAAUGGAAUAUGGUUUCACACGAGAGCAAAGCUCAAACGCUUUAAUUAUACACGGGACGGUAACAAAGGCCUUAGAGGUGCUCACUAAUUUACAGCAACCAGGUGAGGCUGGCUGCAGAGGCCCUGUCCUCUGCCGGGGAGCUCCUCAGUGGAGCAGCAGCUCAACAGCCGGCCUUUGUGUUUCAGGGGCUCUUUCGAAUGGGAUGCUGCCGCCUGCCAUAGUGGCAAAUACCACCGGAAUCUCUCCCAUCCUCUCAGCCAGUAUAAACCCUGCUCAGUCCAUAGAAACACCUCCGAUCAAACCUUUAGGCUCCGUCCAGAAUAUAGCCAAUGGGCAGAGCCACCCGAAGCCUUUUGAUAUCCAGCAUGUGAAGAUGAACGGCAGCGAUAACCAACCCUCACUGGAGCUGUUUCCGGUUUGGGUGGGAAAUUUAAAUUACCCGGUGACUGAAGCCACAAUCUUCAACCUGUUUAACAGGGUGGGGCCGGUCCACAGUGUGAAGCUUCUGCAGUCCAGACGCUGUGCCUUUGUCAACUUUACAAUAAAACACAACUGUGACAAAGCCAUCAGGCGCUUUCACGGUUGUGACCUGAAUGGCAACAACAUUGCUGUGCGGUACCCUGACAGGAUUCCUCCAGGCAUAGGCAUCUCCCGGUCAGCCCUCAGAGCGGAGGACCUGCAGGAUGAAAAUCUGAGGCACCAUGUGGAUGGGAGGACUGCAGAUGGAAGCCAGAGGCCUUUUCGUCCUUACAAACCAGUGCCGGCUCACAGAGGAAACCACUGACUGGAGACGAGAUGCCUUCAAGCUGCUUUGGUAUUGUUGUCUUGGUGUGUUCCAAACAAACAAAAAAAAAAAGAACGGAAUAAUUUGGUGUUGAAUUCAAACUAAUCAGUGGUGUCUUACUGAAAUCUAAAAGUUAGUCUACAAACCUAUAAUCAUUGUUUUAUUUUUACCAAAGCACUCAUUUGAACCAGGAUUCUAAGUGUUAACAAAAAGGUUUCUAAAACUUGAUAAUGGAUGAGUCUCCUCUUAAUAAAGUAUUUUUUAAAGUCAGUAUACAGGAGAUGUGUAAGCCAAGUAUGUGUUCAGUUUAUCUGUUGACUAUUCAGUCACUGUGCUGGAACUUCCGGCAUUUCCUCAGCUGUGACAAAUGUAACUGUGGAAGUUCAGUGUUUUUAUGGCUUUCAUCUUCCAAAAGACAUGUUAAGAUUACAGAAAUUAGUUACUUUCCCUUUUUUUAUUUCCUCUGUCUAAUUGUAACAUCAUAAAGUCAUAAUUACAUCACUUGAAUGCCCACUAUGGUCUUUAUUCAGUUUGUUCAGAAGUGUUCGACUGAAGUCUAUAGUUAAUUUUCACUUUGUUGAAUGAUUCUUCACAGAAUACAAUUUAAAUCACAGACUUUACCC